AUGUUGAUGGAAAACCCCAGUCACAUCCCCUCACCUCCAUCGACGCCACUUACCCCCACACACACUCACCCCAGCCUCCCUGGGAAGCCACCCCUGGGAUGCGCAGGCUCCCUCAGCCACCGCAGCUCACCACUGACUCCCCAAACUCACCCCAAUCCGCUCAGGGCUCUCUCCUGGUCCUGGCUCAGACUCCCUCGCCAGAGCCAGCUGUACCACGGGCACAACCUGGCCAGGCCAAGCUGCCAGGCCACAGGUAUCGCCCGUGCCCAGCGAGAUGGGCAGCCUCAUGGGGGGAAGGACCAGAGGCACCUGCUGGAUUCCAGCAAGAUUCAGGUGCCAAACACCUGA